AUGGGCUCUAACAAGUACGAUUCUCAAAAAGGGAUGAGUGCAUACGGCGCAGUUCGACACGGUGCGGACACACGCUCCGAUCAGAUGAUGAAAGAUCGGGCCACCAUUGGCGCACAGAUGGGUUCCAACCGCUACGACAGUCAGAAGGGGAUGACCGCCAUGGGCGCUGUCCGCCAUAUUGCUGAUAUAAAGAGCGAUAAUAUGGAAGAUCGGGCUACGAUUGGUGGACAGAUGGGUUCCAAUAGGUACGCAUCCCAGAAAGGUAUGUCGGCUUAUGGGGCUGUGCGACACGGUGCCGACACGCGCUUAGACCAUGUCAUGGCCGACAAGUCGACGAUUGGCAUCCAGAUGGGCACCAACAAGUUCGAUUCCCAAAAAGGAAUGACAUCCAUGGGCGCUGUCCGACACAUCGCCGACAUUAGAGCCGACAACCUACAGGACAAGGGUACCAUAGGCGGGCAAAUGGGGUCGAAUAAGUACGACUCUCAGAAGGGGAUGGCCGCAUAUGGUGCUGUGCGCCAUGGUGCUGACUUCCGCUCCGAUGACCGCAUGGUGGAUAGAGGUUCUAUUGGACUUCAAAUGGGCACCAAUAUGUUCGCCACACAGAGCGGCAUGACAGCUAUGGGGGCACCUCGUCGACCGGCAGAUAUGCGCAUGCCAGACUUGUUGGCUGAGCGUGGCUAUCAUCAACCAAAAGCUCAAAUUGAAUUGUAA